ACUCGGGGUUUUGCAGUAGUGGUGGCAGCCGCGGCAGGAUCCGGCACUGGGGAAGCAAUUGAUUCGCCUACUGCCAGCAGCCUGGAGUUGCCUGCGCGGACUGGAGAGGAAGAAAGAGAGAGAGAGAGAGAGAGAGAGAGAGGCACUCACAGAGCAAAAACCUUCAUCCAUGUGGAGGACAGGCUGAGGGAGCCGCUGUCUUUGCCUUGUCCACUGCCUCACUGACUGCUCUGAGUUUUCUCCUCUUCUGGCAGUGGCACCUCCGCUGAGCUUUCAAACCAAGUCAUUGAGACUUAGCCUCUUCCUACCCGGCAGGGAAGGGAGGAGUUGGCAAGAAUUUGGCUCACCCAUUCCCCCUGCAAUCCUCCAGUGUCGCGGAGCACGAGACUUCCGCCAUGACUGACACCGUGUUCAGCAACAGCUCUAACCGUUGGAUGUACUCCAGUGACCGACCCCUUCAAUCCAAUGAUAAAGAACAGCUCCAGGGAGGCUGGUCCGUCCAUCCCAGCGGUCAGCCCGACAGGCAGAGGAAGCAGGAAGAGCUGACCGAUGAGGAGAAGGAAAUCAUCAACAAGGUGAUCGCGCGUGCUGAGAAAAUGGAAGAGAUGGAGCAGGAGCGAAUCGGGCGCCUGGUGGACCGCCUGGAGACCAUGAGGAAGAACGUGGCUGGGGACGGGGUGAACCGCUGCAUACUGUGUGGAGAACAGCUAGGGAUGCUGGGCUCGGCCUGUGUGGUGUGUGAGGACUGUAAGAAGAAUGUCUGCACCAAGUGUGGGGUGGAGACCUCCAAAAACCGCCUGCAUUCUGUGUGGCUCUGCAAAAUCUGCAUCGAGCAGAGAGAGGUGUGGAAGCGCUCUGGAGCGUGGUUCUUCAAAGGUUUCCCCAAACAGGUCCUCCCGCAGCCCAUGCCUAUAAAGAAGAGCAAGCCCCAGCAGCCCGUCAGCGAGCCUGCUGUCCCCGAGCAGCCCGCCCCUGAGCCCAAGCCCGCUGUCCGGGCUCCAGCUCGAGCUGACACGGAAGAUAGGAGGGCCCCAGGUCAGAAGACAGGCCCUGACCUGGCCUCUGCUCCUGGGCGAGGAAGCUAUGGGCCUCCCGUGCGCAGGGCCUCCGAGGCACGAAUGAGCUCGUCUGGCCGGGAUGCAGAGAGCUGGGACCACGGCCCCAGCGGGGGUGCUGCAGACUCCAGCCGGAGCCCGGCAGGUUUGAGACGGGCCAACUCGGUCCAGGCCGCCAGACCCGCCCCAGGCUCGGUGCAGAGCCCAGUGCCACCUCAGCCGGGGCAGCCAGGACCCCCGGCAGGCAGCAGACCCGGUCCUGGGCCAGCGGGCCGCUUUUCAGAACAGAAGACAGAGGUGGCUCCGAGUGACCCCGGCUAUCCAGGGACCACUGCCCCAUCUCGAGAGGAGAGAACAGCGGGAGCUGGGGGCUACUCAGUGGCUGCAACCAGGGAGGACCGAGCGAGCCACCCGCCAGCACCCUAUUCCCAAGCAUCCGCAGCUGCCCCACAGCCUGCCAUGGCCCCUGCCCGCCAGCCACCACCCCCAGAGGAGGAAGAGGAAGAAGCCAACAGCUACGAUUCGGAUGACGCAACCACCCUGGGUGCCCUGGAAUUCAGCCUUCUCUAUGACCAGGACAACAGCUCCCUGCAGUGCACCAUCAUCAAGGCCAAGGGACUGAAGCCCAUGGAUUCCAACGGCUUGGCCGAUCCCUAUGUUAAGCUGCACCUCCUGCCGGGAGCCAGCAAGUCCAACAAGCUUCGUACAAAAACUCUGCGGAACACCCGGAACCCCAUCUGGAACGAGACCCUCGUCUAUCACGGCAUCACCGACGAGGACAUGCAAAGGAAGACGCUCAGGAUCUCUGUCUGUGACGAGGACAAAUUCGGCCAUAACGAGUUCAUUGGAGAGACCAGAUUCUCCCUCAAGAAACUGAAGCCCAACCAGAGGAAGAAUUUCAACAUCUGUCUGGAGCGAGUGAUUCCCAUGAAGCGCACGGGGACCACCGGGUCGGCCCGAGGCAUGGCGCUGUACGAGGAGGAGCAGGUGGAGCGAAUCGGUGACAUAGAAGAGCGUGGCAAGAUCCUGGUGUCCCUCAUGUACAGCACACAGCAGGGAGGCCUCAUCGUGGGCAUCAUACGCUGCGUGCACCUGGCCGCCAUGGACGCCAACGGCUACUCAGACCCAUUUGUCAAGCUCUGGCUGAAACCAGACAUGGGAAAGAAGGCCAAACAUAAGACUCAAAUUAAAAAGAAAACCUUGAAUCCCGAAUUUAAUGAGGAGUUUUUCUAUGACAUCAAACACAGUGACCUGGCAAAGAAGUCACUGGACAUCUCGGUCUGGGACUAUGACAUUGGCAAAUCCAACGAUUACAUCGGGGGCUGCCAGCUGGGGAUCUCAGCCAAGGGAGAGCGCUUAAAACACUGGUAUGAGUGUCUGAAAAAUAAGGACAAGAAGAUCGAGCGCUGGCACCAGCUACAGAAUGAGAACCACGUGUCAAGCGAUUAGGAUAGUGUCCGGGUCCCCAGCUCCAUGUCCCACCCCCUGCCUGGGUCACCCCCAGCCUGCCCAGCUGCCCACAGCACUCUGGUCUCUCUCCUCUAUGCCUACCUCCCCCCGGCCCCUGCUGCCUUCCCUGAGCCCGCCUUUGAGGCCCCCCUCACGUUGGGCACUGCUGCCAAAGACUCCUCCCUUCCCGACGCCGGGAUGUGGGCUCAGAACGACGCCCCUCUCUGGUCCCUGGGAUGGAGACCUGGGGUGGGGCCGGGGGGACGUUUACAAAGAGGUUGGGCAUUUAAUAACCUCUCAGCUUGGGUAAAUUUACAAAGGUUCUUCAUCAUUUGGGACUGUGUUUAGACCCUCCUGGCCUUGAGCACA